AUGGCUGAAGCAAACGGUAACCCCGCCACGCCUGCUCCACUGACGAAAGAGGAGGAGGAGAGGCUGAAGUACUUGGAGUUUGUCCAAGCAGCAGCGCUUCACGCUCUGGUGACGUUCACGAACCUCUACGUCUACGCCAAGGACAAGGCCGGUCCGUUGAAGCCUGGUGUGGAGACCGUCGAAGGAACUGUUAAGACCGUGGUUGGCCCUGUUUACGAUAAGUUCCAGGACGUCCCCAUUGAAGUCCUCAAGUUCGUUGAUCGCAAGGUAGAUGAAUCUGUUACUAGCAUCGACCGCCGUGUGCCACCUGUUGUCAAGCAAGUGUCGGCCCAGGCAUUCUCAGCAGCACAGGCUGCCCCGGGAGCUGCCCGGGCUGUGGCCACCGAGGUUCAGCGAUCCGGUGUGAAGGAAACCAUGACUGGGUUGGCGAAAACCGUCUACACCAAGUACGAGCCCAAGGCGAAGGAGCUGUACACGGCGUACGAGCCUAAAGCCGAGCAGUGUGCUGUCUCGGCCUGGCGAAGGCUCAACCAGCUUCCUCUCUUCCCUCAGGUGGCUCAAGUGGUUGUCCCAUCGGCCGCUUAUUGGUCCGAGAGGUACAACGAGACAGUGGCCAGCACUGCUGAGAAAGGUUACAAGGUGUCUUCUUACUUGCCUCUAGUGCCUACUAAGAGGAUCGCCAAGGUGUUCAGUGAUGAUGCUGCAGCAGCUCCACAAUUGAUUUCUAACUGA